AUGAAUAGUUUAUUAAUAAUUUUAUUAUUGACAUUAGUAAAUUCUUUUCAAUUUAAUUAUUUUUCACUUGAACUUCAAUUAGUAAACAAAUUUCCAAUGUCACAGUGUCCAUCAAAAUAUAAUGUUAGUAUAAGUAAAGUAUAUGCAGAUGUAUUAACAAAUGUUCCAGAAGAAGAAUGGAAUUAUGAGAAAGUAAAUAUUAGUUGGGGGUCUCCACAACCAUAUCAAAUAGUAUCAAGAAUUGGAAGAGGAAAGUAUAGUAGUGUCUUUAAAGGAAUUAUUACCGAAGGGUUAUUUCCAUGUGCUAUUAAAUGUCUUAAACCAAUUAAAGAAGAUAGGUUUAAAAGAGAAAUAUUAGUGUUACAACGACUAAUUAAUGGACCAAAUAUAAUUCGUUUAUAUGAUUGUGUAAAAGAAGAUAUAACAGGGACACCAUCAUUAGUAAUGGAAUAUAUUGAAAACACAAAAUUUCAAUUCUUUUAUAAGAAAUUUACACUUCAAGAUACUCAAUAUUAUUUAUAUGAAUUACUUAAAGCUUUAAAAUAUGCACAUUCAAAAGGAAUUAUGCAUAGAGACAUUAAACCAGAUAAUAUUUGUUAUGAUUUAAAUACAAAAAAAUUAAGAAUUAUUGAUUGGGGAUUAGCUGAAUUUUAUCAUCCAGGAAAAGAAUAUAAUGUACGAGUUGCGUCAAGAUCUUAUAAAUCACCAGAAUUAUUAUUAAAUAUGCAACAAUAUGAUUAUUCAUUAGAUAUGUGGGGAUUUGGAUGCAUAUUAGGUUCAUUAAUUUUUAAAAAAGAACCAAUUUUUGAAGGGAGAGAUCUUGAUGAUCAAUUACUUCAAAUAGUUCAAUUAUUUGGAACUAAUGAAUUAUAUAUUUAUAUUACUAAAUAUAACUGUAAAGUAGAUUCUUCUCUUCUAUUUACUCUUAAAAAUUAUUCUACGUCUUCAUUUUCAAAAUUUAUUAAUGAAAAUAAUAAAAAUUUUUGUACCGUAGAAGCAUUAGAUUUGUUAGAAAAAGUAUUAGUCUUUGAUCAUCAAAAAAGGCUUUCAGCAGAUGAAGCAAUGAAUCAUCCAUUUUUUAAAUCAUUAAGAAAUAAUUGA